ACAGCUGCAAAGCACUUUUUCAGCAGCCGCAAGUGAGGGGUCCGGCGCCGCGCCCCGGUGACCGCCGUGCCAGCCCGCGGCCUCCGCGCUACCGGAGCCAAUGCUCGAUCUGGAGGUGGUGCCCGAGCGCUCUCUGGGGAACGAGCAAUGGGAGUUCACCUUAGGAAUGCCGUUGGCUCAGGCUGUAGCAAUUCUUCAGAAACACUGUCGCAUUAUCAAAAACGUCCAGGUCCUCUACAGCGAGCAGUCACCUCUUAGCCAUGACCUCAUCCUUAACCUGACUCAGGAUGGAAUCAAACUGCUGUUUGAUGCUUUCAAUCAGAGACUUAAGGUGAUUGAAGUUUAUGACUUGACUAAGGUGAAGUUAAAAUAUUGUGGUGUCCAUUUUAACUCUCAGGCAAUUGCUCCAACCAUAGAACAAAUUGAUCAGUCAUUUGGAGCAACACAUCCAGGAGUGUAUAACUCAGCUGAGCAACUCUUUCACCUCAAUUUCAGAGGACUGUCGUUUUCUUUUCAGUUGGACUCCUGGACUGAAACCCCAAAAUACGAGCCUAACUUUGCCCAUGGUCUGGCCUCUCUGCAAAUCCCGCACGGCGCGACUGUGAAACGCAUGUACAUCUACAAUGGAAACAGCCUGCAGGACACCAAGGCCCCCUUGAUGCCUCUCAGCUGUUUCCUUGGGAAUGUGUAUGCUGAGAACGUGGAUGUUCUGCGAGAUGGAACUGGACCCUCAGGUUUACGGCUUCGCCUCCUCACUGCAGGCUGUGGCCCAGGUGUUUUAGCCGAUGCCAAGAUGCGGGUAUUCGAGCGCUGCGUGUACUUCGGUGAUUCCUGCCAGGAUGUGCUCAGCACCUUGGGCUCUCCACACAAAGUCUUCUACAAGUCUGAAGACAAGAUGAAAAUCCAUUCGCCCUCGCCCCAUAAGCAGGUCCCAUCAAAGUGCAAUGACUACUUCUUCAAUUAUUUCACACUUGGAGUGGAUAUUCUCUUUGAUGCAAACACUCACAAGGUGAAGAAAUUUGUCCUGCAUACAAAUUAUCCUGGUCAUUACAACUUUAACAUUUACCAUCGCUGUGAGUUCAAGAUUCCACUCGUCAUUAAGAGAGAUAGUGCUGAUUCACAGACAGAAACGUGUACAACAUACAGCAAGUGGGACAGUAUUCAGGAUCUACUGGGGCACCCUGUAGAGAAGCCAGUGGUACUUCACAGGUCAUCAUCUCCAAACAACACUAACCCAUUUGGGUCUACCUUUUGCUUUGGACUGCAGCGAAUGAUCUUUGAGGUGAUGCAGAAUAAUCACAUAGCUUCUGUUACUCUGUAUGGCCCCACACGGCCCAGCAGCCAGUUGAGAACGUCGGACCUUCCCCAGUGAGCAUCCCCUGCAAAGUCAGCUAAUCUCAAUGCUACAGAAUUAGUACAGCGUGCCUUGAUUUGCUGCCACUUAUAAUAUGGAAAGCACGUUAUGAUUUUAUUUUUUUUUCAAUAAGCCUUUCCACCCUGGAGUGGUGUGGAGAGGAAAUUUCUCUCAACCCUUCAUCAUGGGGCAUGGAACUGUUGAUGGAGGAAAGCAGCUUAGGUGCCUGUGCCGUCAUUUAUUCCUCUCCGUUGCCCUCAUCCUAUGCAGCACAGACAUGAAGAGACUGUCCCUCCUGCUCAGCUGGCAGAAGGGGGAAAUGGAAGAGGGGCACGUAAUGACUGCAAGAAUUAGAAGCACAAACUUUCUGAGCCUUGGAGCAUCUGGAAGCAGGUAUUGAUUUUAGUCUGUUUGUGUUACUGUAUUGAUGUGGUGGUCACAUUUUAAGAAAACGUGUGUGUAUAUAUAUAUAGAUCUAAACACCUCGGUAUUUCUGUGGCUUAGGACAUUGUACCAAGUGUGACAAGGAUGUAUAUAUGUCCAUGAUUUCAGGCACCACAUCUUUGUGUAACUUUAAACCAAGCAAGUAGCAUGUGCAUAAUACUUGGUUGUAACAUUUGCACUACAUACACUUUAAUUACUUGAUAAACGUUUAUCUUCACUGAGGAGCAUCUGUGUACUGGGUGUGAGUGGGGUGUGGUGGUUAUUUAAUGUACACUGCGCAUAAAGCUUAUUUAUACAGUGGAUCAAAUUUAUCCACCUUCCUGCACUAAUAUGUACUUGAUAUGCUGAUACAAUUUUUUUCUGUCAUGGCUGGUUUACUAAUUUUUUUCAUAUGCAAUUUCGAAAGAAAAAAAAAAUUCUGGAAGGGGUUAUUUCUAUGAUUGAAUUAUGUUUUAAUGAAAAGAUUUGAUACAAUUUUUCAUACUAGUGAAAAAUUUAACGAAGAAAUAAUGUUGCCUCAUUUGCCUCUGUUCCAAAAUCCUUUAUUCCUCCUCUAUUUCCUCAGAGAAAGAAAAGCUGUAUAUAAUGGUAUCUCAGAAAGAAAUUCUGGAAUUCCGCCAUCACCGAGAUAACCUUUUCUGUAACUUUUGAUGUAUGAUUUUAAUUUAUGCCAAAGGUUUAGCCAAAGACAUCCUCGUUGUAGUUUCACCAUUUCUGUACAUAGAUGCUAACUGCACACCCCACCCCAGCAGACAGGAUAGAGGCUUCUUUCUAGUUGGGAGAUGCUGCUCGCGACAUUUUAUCCCAGGAGGAUACUUUAGGUUUCUAGUUCUCUUACCAGUCUUAUUUGGGAGAAAAUAGGUGGUCUGUCUUUGAAAUAAUGAACCCUUUUUAAAAAUGGACAAGAGAAAUGUAUAAUUUUAUCCCAUUUUUAAUAUUUUGGUGUCGCAACUUGUGAUACAUAGAUGACAAUUUUGUGAGUUUUACUAUGUGUGUACAGAUUUUUGUAAAUAUGACAUUUUUGUAAUUUUAACUCCAUGUACAGUGUAAUCCUGUAUAGUUUAUCAAUGAAUGAGAGAUAGGAAAACGAAUGUUAACUGAAGUUUGGGAUCCUGGACCAGUAGCAGGGAUAAAUGUGUGUGUGUGUGAGACGUUCUUUGCCAUUUAGUCUUCCUGUAUACUGUGAUACUCUAAACUGUUUUGCUAAAACAAACAAAAAAGCCCCAUGGAGAAUCUAAUGGAUAAGGAAAAAGUUACUGUUUACCUUUAUCCCUAGGUGUCACUCCUGUUGAAUCCCUGUUCAAUCUGUGCUGUCUCCUGUGAUCGUUGCUUGCUAAGAAAAUUCUAUGCCUCAAUCUUCCUUUUUGUUUCCUCUCUAAUUUUAAUUUCAUUUUACAUAGCCCUUCUGUAAAUUAAAUGGAAUAAUAAUGAGCAUGUACACUGAAAGAAAAAUAAAAAGAGACUCUCAGUUACUGUUUUUGUGUUAAAUACAGUUGCUGGGUGUUUUUGUAAUAAAAUCAUGGUUGUUCUU